GUGGUAGGGCUGCUGCCUGGUUCACAGACCUUGUACCUCUACCACAAUGGAUGAACCUGAGCAUCCUUUUCAUGUGCCAAGCCGGGAGGCCCACUCUGCCCUACUUCAGGUCUCCUCCUGGACCUUGGAAUAGCUUACCAAGGGCAAGGAUCUGCUCCUCCUUCCAGCAACAUGCAACGGUGGAAGAGUGCAGGAGGAGGCAUUUGAUGACUCUAACCCGAACCCAGAGUGGUACGGGUACAAAUGGACUGGGAGCAUUGCUGAGCCAACUGCUGUGUGAAAACAGCCGAGUCCCGAGGUCACGGUUUGAGGAGCAUCCGGUGGGAACAGCUUGCUCUGAAGCAAGGGCAGUGACAAUGAGUGGAAAUGAGCAGGACUGGCUGGCUCUCAAACCCCGAGAACCUUCUCCAUCCCAGUGCUGUGGCGGCGGCUGCAAACCCUGCAUCUAUGAUGUGUACGAGAAGGAGCUUGCACAAUGGGAGAGGGCCAAAGCAAAGCAAGACAAAAGCCUUCUCGUGGAAAAGAAGGAGCAGAGCAAUAAUUCAGAGCUGAAUCCAGAUACAUUUACUGCAUUCAGCAUAAGCUCGGUGGAGCAGCUAACAGAGGACACCUACCAGUACAGAUUUGAAUUACCGGGAAAUAGCAGCCUGUGCUUGAGUUUAGGACAACAUAUCGUGUUAAGAGGAGCGGUGAAUGGUUUGGAGGUGCAGCGAGCCUAUACCCCAAUUAGCCCAGGGAAUGCUGAAGGUUACUUUGAAGUUUUAAUCAAAUGCUAUGAAGCUGGGCUAAUGUCACAAUACAUAAAAACGUGGAAAAAAGGAGACAUGGUCUUUUGGCGUGGGCCAUUUGGAGGGUUCCCAUAUCGACCUAAUAAGCAUGGAGAACUCCUCAUGCUGGCAUCUGGUACUGGUCUUGCACCGAUGCUUCCCAUCCUCCAGUCCAUAACAGACGAUGAAGAGGAUGAAACCUUCGUAACUCUUGUUUGCUGCUUCCCUACCUUUGACAAAAUUUAUUUGAAACCUCUCCUCCAGGAUCUGGCUCGAUACUGGAACAUCAGAAUAUUGUAUGUCCUAAGCCAGGAAACUUCCCUGGAAAAACUUCCUUGGAGCUAUCAGGAAAACACAUACACUGGUCGUCUCGAUGAAGGCUUGAUGAAGACUGUAAUAAAUUCCUGCAGAAGAAGGCCAUUUGUAUUAAUCUGUGGCUCUUCUGCAUUCAAUGAAGAUAUGAGUAGAUAUCUUAAAGCUGCAGGAAUUGAAGAAGAUUCGUGUUUUGUCUUCUAGCAGGAUAUUCCUGACCUGAGGAACCGUAGGCUGAGCCUUGCGCGUCCUGGUUUCUCUGCAGGCAUUGCACAAAAUUGGUUGUCUUGAUAGACUGAGUUCCUUGUGCCUAUACUUACAGAGGCCUUUGCCUCCGUUAUGAUUCUCACUCUUGAGUGUUUUAAGGAAUGGGUGCCAUUCCAGAGUGGCUGCUAUGUGCCACCCACACCUCAGGGAGCAAGAUGAUAAUGAUAAUGGAAGCCUUCGUAUGCGAUUGCAGGAGGGGGAUCUCCUAAGGGCACUAAAGGUAUCCAAAUACAGAGCUCUGCUGUAACAUGAAGAUCAGUGAGUUGCUUUGCAGUCUGUGUUAGUCUGCAGUAGUAUUGUGCCCUGUUAGGUGUCCAGGGGAGAGGCUUAAUCCUCAGGGAGAAGACUGCCUGGCCAAGGACUUUGGAGUCGUUGGGAUUCAUUUCAGUUGUGUCAUUAGCUUGCUGGGUGAUGGCAGGCGAGUCACUUCCACCUCUCUGUGCUUCAGUUGCCCUGUUACACACUAAUACAGAGAAGGAGGCACUGACCUUCUGUGGAAAAAGCCUUUCCAGCCUGCUUUACCUACCCUGGUCCCUAACGCUUGAAAUGCUGCCUGGGGAGAGAAAGAGCAUGUCCUAAAACCGAGAGAAAGCAUCCAGGAUGUAGCUGCUAUCUGCCAGCAAGGAUGCUUGUUUGCUUUCUGUGUCCCCCAAGUGUUGUAUCGUAGCUCUGGUUCAUUAAAUUGAACCUCUUUCCAAAUAAACAGCUGUUUCUGUUUCUCACAGGGCUCGCUCAGGUGCCCAAGGCAGUGCUAUAGGCAUACAAGAACACAACCUGAGGAGUGAAAGCUUCACGGGCCUCCGCCUGGGUGCUCCCCAUGGGUCAGGGCGCAGAGCCAAGGACUGCCCUGGGGAUGGCAGCCCUGGCACAGCACCAGCCUGUGUGCCCCAGCCCCUUCUGCUUGAGCCUGAGGUGCUGCCCUCUUUCCUCUGAGAUACCCUCUUUCUGCUCUCUUAGACCCCUGUUUUUACUAACUAUGCCUGGAAAUACAGCCUUUCUACACACCUUUGUGGUUUUCUAUUCAUUCCCAGUUCAUCCUGUGCUGGGGUUGCCCAGGCUGUGACAGAUGAUGCCAUGUUACCGUUCAUGCCUAUUUUUCAUCUGUAUCAAAUAGUACACCUUACACAAAGGAGAUGUAGUUGAAGAGUUACUCAAAAGAAGCAAUAUGCACUAAAAUGGUGGCUCUGAUUCUCAUGCUGGGAGGAACCA